UGGUAGAGAGCUUUGCUAGCAUAAUUCAGAAGGCUUUACAUUGGGCCAGAAAAGAAGUUAAGGACUAGCUUGCUCUGAUAUUGUAUACAUGUGUUCAAUGAGAGCAUUAAGACUGUCAAACAGGAAUGGCUUGCUCCAUAUAUAAAUUGUAGAGAGCAUUUAGUCAGAAAAUCCAGGUUUAAAACUGGCUGCUCCAAAAAGAGAGCUUUUUCUGCCAUCCAAACGAACGGCUUGCUCUUAUUAUAAAAAGUGUGGAAAGCGUUGCUCCCACUAUAAAUAGAAACACUUAAGUGGUGCUGAGAGCUUCCAGGUGGCAGCUGGAGAUCUCUUGGAAUUAUAACUGACCUCCAGGUGAUGGAGAUGAGUUCACUUGAAGAAAGUGGCUGCUUCGGUUUUACAUCUGCUCUGAGAGGCCCUGGCGCAGUGCAUGGAUUUGUCGGCAGGUCUAUCCAUGUGACAUGUCACUAUGAUACAUCCUAUCAAACGUAUUACAAAUAUUGGUGCAAGGGAGCUAGUUGGAAUUAUUGCACUGAAGUUGUUAAGACCACAGGAUCAGAGGCAGAGAUGAAAUCUGGCAGAACAUCUAUCAAGGACAAUCACACUUGUUCUUGCUUCACGGUGAUACUGGAGAACCUCGGGGAGGCAGAUGCUGGGAUGUACUGGUGUGCCAUAGAGAGAACAGGAAUUGAUUCUGGCAUCCAAGUGAUCAUUGCCCCAAUUCUUUCCACACCACAAACAACAGAUGUACCAGAUAACCGAGGUCACAGUGGCUCCCUUCAAAAGUCAAAGUCUUCCAUCAGUUACCCGAUUUAUGUGCCCUUCCUGAUUUUGAUCUGCUUGAAGAUGCCCGUCUUCCUGACUCUGGUCCUUGCGAAUAUAUGGAUACACAGAAGAAACAGGCAGCAUUCUGAUGAAGUGACAACUCCAGAGACUCAGCCUUGAGACCAAGAUGCACCAACACAAUGGGAAAACACGUCUGAUUUUGUUCUUCACUAUCCUGUUAUAGCCAACCAUGUCUCCUUGUGGGAUUGCAACUAUAUGGUGAAGAGGCAGACUUCCUUCUCUAGGAUUGUAAUCGCUUACAUGAAGAAAGCAUCCAAUAACUGGUAGAUGCUGUCCAGCUGUAGCAUACAAA